CGGCGGCGGCGGCGGCGGCGGCCGGAGCGGCCCGAGCAGGGAAGAUGGCGGCGGCGGGCGCGGGGGCCGGGCCCGGGCCCGGUGCGGGCUCCUCGGCCGGCGCCGGCACCUCCAACCCGCGGAAGUUCAGCGAGAAGAUCGCGCUGCAGAAGCAGCGGCAGGCGGAGGAGACGGCGGCCUUCGAGGAGGUGAUGAUGGAGAUCUGCUCCACACGGCUGCAGGCGCAGAAGCUGCGGUUGGCGCACAGCCGGGGCCCCUAUUACAGCGGCUCCCUGCCCAACGUCAACCAGAUCGGCAGCGGCGUCUCCGAAUUCCAGGGCCCGUUGCAUUCGCCGCUGGACUCCACGCGCAGCACCCGGCACCACGGGCUGGUGGAGCGGGUGCAGCGGGACCCGCGCCGGAUGAUGUCCCCGCUGCGGCGAUACGUCCGGCAGAUCGACAGCUCUCCCUACGGACCCACCUACCUGUCCCCUCCGCCCGAGCCCAGCUGGAGGAGGACCAUGCCCUGGGGUAACUUCCCGACGGAGAAAGGACAUUUGUUCAGGCUGCCCUCGGCUCUCAACAGAACAAAUUCCGACUCGGCGCUUCACAUGAGCGUGAUGAACCCCAACCCCCAGGAUGCCUACCUGGCGCCCUCGCAGGGCCCCCCGCCUGGCCGCCGCAGCGGGUUUCUGGACGGGGACGCCGACAGCAAAGUGUCUUUCCAAGUGCCUCCCAUCGAAGAGACGUUUGACGACAACAAGCAUUCGCUGAAGCCCUGGGACACCAAGAAGCUCUCGUCGUCCUCGGCCCGUCCGCGCUCCUGCGAAGUCCCGGGGAUCCACAUAUUUCCAUCCCCGGAUCAACCCGCCAACGUCCCCCUCAUCCCCUCGGCCCUCAACACGGGCGGUUCCCUUCCCGACCUCACCAACCUGCACUUCCCCUCCCGCUGCCCACCCCCCUCGACCCGGACGAGACCGUUUACCCCCAGCCUGAGCGGGGGCAACAGCACCGGCAACCUGGCCAACACCAUGACGCACCUGGGCAUCAGCGGCGCAUGGUGCCUGGGGACGGGCUACGACUCGCCAGGACUUACCUCACCUAUGCAGAGCUCCCUGAGUAACCCGUCCCUGCAGUCCUCGCUUAGCAACCCCAACCUGCAGGCCUCCCUGCGCAGCCCCUCGCUCCAGUCCUCCCUCAGCAACCCCUCGCUCCAGUCCUCCCAGAGCAGCUCCUCCAUCCCCUCCUCGCUCUCCAACCAGUCCCUGCCUUCCUCGCUCUCCUCCUCGCUCAGCAACCCGUCCCUCCCCACGUCCCCCCGCAGCCAGUCCAUCCAGUCCUCCCCCAGCAACCCCAGUUUGCCGUCCGGCUUGAGCGGCUCGUCCUACUCCCCCAUGGUGCAGGCGUCCAUAACCACCUCGCCCCGCCGACGGGUCCCGCUCAGCCCCCUCACCCUCCCAAUGGGUGGCGACUCCAGAAGGCAGCACCCCAAACAGUUCUCACCAACAAUGUCACCCACAUUGUCCUCCAUCACCCAGGGGGUGCCCCUGGACACCAGCAAGCUGCCGGCCGACCAGCGGCUCCCGCCGUACCCCUACAGCCAGCCCGGGCUGCUCCUGCAGUCCCAGCCCAGCCCCAAAUCCCUCCCACAGCCCGUGCAGCACCCCCCGCAGCCGCCGCUGCCCCCCGCCCCGCCGGCGCGGCCCCCGGUGCCACCGAGCGUGGCCACGCAGCGCCCGUACGGCCCCCCGUACCAGCCUAACGCCGCCAUGCAGCCGCAGCUGGGACAGAGCCUGGGGGACUUCAGCCUGGGCAGCUUUGAGCAGUUCGGGAUGGGCGACAGCCCCACCGCCAACAGCGGCGCCUUCCCCGAGGAGCUGGGGUCCCUGAGCUACCCCCCCGCCGAGGCCACCUACGACCCCCCCGUCCCCAACCGGCCCAACCUGAGCAACUGCAGCCGCCACGGCCCCAUCCCCAACAUCGUCCUCACCGGGGACUCUCCCCCCGGCAUCUCGAAGGAGAUCGCCACGGCGCUGGCGGGGGUGCCGGGCUUCGAGGUGGAGGCGCUGGAGGACGAGCUGCGCAUCGAGCCGCUCAGCCUGGACGGGCUCACCAUGCUCAGCGACCCCUACGCGCUGCUCACCGACCCGGCCGUCGAGGACUCCUUCCGCACCGACCGCCUGCAGUGAGGGGGGGUCCCGCGCCCCCCCAGCCCCCCGCCCCAAUUCUUCCAUCACCCCCCUCCCCUCCUUAUUUUUCUUACUUCUUCCGGGGCCACCGCCGGGGUUGGGGGACGCCGGAGCCGCAUGGAGCGGGGUGGGGGGGACACAAAGCGUCUCCCGGGGGGGCUGUACAUAACCCCAUAGGUAGAAACCCCCGGGUGGGGGGGGGGGGGGCAGGGUGGGGAGGGGGCCACUUCCAUUUUUAUUUCCCUUUAUUUUUUGUUCUGCCUAAUCAUCAUGUUUAAGGAGAAAUCCUGCGCCCCCCCCCUCGCUGCGCCCCAUCGCUGCACCCCCCCAUCGCUGCGCCCCGUAUGUACCCCCAGCCCCCCCCCCCCCCCCAGCUGCCGGGGACCCCGCGGGACGUGUAGAAAGCACUUGUAACUUUGCCCCCCCCCCCCCCCCCUCACCCUCCGGACCCCCCCAAAAAGCGCGGGGGCCCCGUCUGCGGGCGGGGGGACCUGGGGCCCCAGGACCCGCGUUCCCCCCCCAGCCCGGGAGGGAGCCAGAGUGAUUUAUUAUUAUUAUUAUUUUUUAAAAAUAUAUUAUAUGUUAAUUAAACGCC